ACAUCAAAGGAUUGUGCGCUCGUGAUGCGCGCAUGCGCAGAUCACAUUCCUCCCGAGCAGGACCAGCACUGUUGUACGGAGCAGAGGCUUGCUAUGAGUGCCAAAGCAGACCUGGGUGUCCUGCCACAUGAUGCAGACGUCCCGUCUGAAAGCAGCGUCUCUCACGCUCCCAAUGACAGUUCUGCACAGCGGCUGAAAACCCAGGAUGCCACCACAAUCAUUUUUCCAGGUGCUUACAGUUCAAUAGAAACUUCUGCUCAUCCAUUGCCAAAAGUUGAUCUGCCUCCAAAUGCAAUCAAGGCGAUUAAAGGCAGUGAACUGGAGGCCGCAUCACUUCCUGCUCAGGUUGGAGGGACGAUUGUGCAUGUUCUGGGCUGGAAGGAGGGAAUGGCCAUCCUCCCUGGAAGCAAUCUGAAGUUAUGUGUUAGUGACACUGGUUCACUGGAAGUGAUCAGUCAAGGGAAAAUAGGCUCUGCUAACCCGACCACUGAAGGAGUGCAGACAAAAUCAGCUGAUAUCAAACAAGCUGAAAAACCAGACGUCUCAGCGGGUGGGCAUGUCCGGUCCACUGCAUUUGUGGAGGCUGACAGACUUCAGAGAGGACGUAUGGAGGCUCAUAGCAAGUGCAGAGAAACACCGGGCAAACAGACGCACCUGACAGAGCUACGCAGGGAGGCCAUGUCUGAAAAUCCUGCAGGGAUUGCAGAAGCACAGGUGAUCUAUCAUGAGCAUGAAAUGCUGAAGCCCAUGAAGAAGAGGAAGAGGAGGGAAUACAACAGCCCAUCAGAGGAAGAGUCUGAUGCUGAGCCAAUGGAGGAGAAAGUGGAGGCUUUAAAAAUGGAUGGCAGACAGAACAAAGCAGUUCUCUCUGUAGGUUCAGCAGAGAGUAAGCUGGAGAUGUGGUCCUGGCCGCAGUAUCUAGAGCAGCAGAAAGCUGUGGCCGCUCCAGCCAGACUCUUUCAGGAGACCCAGAGGGUUCCCAUGAUUAAGAACAGCUUCAGACAGGGGAUGAAGUUAGAAGGCAUCGACCCUCAGCACCCCUCCAUGUAUUUCGUCCUGACCGUCGCUGAGGUCUGUGGCUUCAGAUUACGCCUUCAUUUUGAUGGCUAUUCUGACUGCCAUGACUUCUGGGUCAACGCCAACUGCCCUGAUAUUCAACCCGCUGGAUGGUGUGAGAGCACAGGACACAAGCUGUACACCCCAAAAGGAUGUAAAGAAGAAGAGUUUUCUUGGUCCAACUACCUAAAAAUCACCCGAUCACAAGCCGCACCGAAAGAGUUAUUCUGUAGCUCAGUCAAACUGGAGACAGACUGUGGGUUUGAGGUAGGGAUGAAGCUGGAGGCUGUGGACCGGAUGAACCCCUCUCUCAUAUGUGUUGCUACGGUAACAGACAAAGUGGGCAACCGUUUCCUGGUUCAUUUUGAUAACUGGGACGACACGUAUGAUUACUGGUGUGAUGCUCACAGCCCAUACAUUCAUCCCACCGGCUGGUGUCAGGAGAGGGGCCUGCCGCUGACGCCCCCUCAGGACUAUCCGGACCCUGACAGGUUCUCGUGGGAGAGGUAUCUGGAGGAGACGGGCUCGACGGCGGUCGCUUCUGAAGCCUUCAGAGUGCGCCCCUCCCACAGCUUCCAGGUGCAGAUGAAGCUGGAGGCGGUGGACAAGAGGUGUCCGGGCCUGAUCCGCGUGGCUACAGUGCUGGAGGUCGACACCUACAGAAUCAAGAUUCAUUUUGAUGGCUGGAGUCACUUGUACGAUGAGUGGAUGGAUUCGGAUCAUCCAGACAUCCACCCUGCGGGCUGGUGUGAGAGCACAGGACACCCCCUCAAACCUCCACCCUGCCAGAAACCUGGUCCCCGGGAGAGCCUGACGGCCCGGCAGCCCAGCUUCCCCUCCGUGCCUCAGCCACGCAGCACCUCCAAAUACAGCUUCCACCACAGAAAGUGCCCUACUCCGGGAUGUGAUGGGUCAGGUCAUGUGACUGGCCGCUUCACAGCGCAUCACUGUUUGUCUGGCUGCCCAUUGGCUGAGAGGAACCAGGGCCGGCUUAAAGCGGAUCUCUCUGAUACAGAAGGAUCCAGACGUAACCUGCUGGUCUUCGGCCAGAGAGCAAAGAAAUCUCGCUACCAUGGCAGGAUUGGUCGCCCCCCUAAAUAUCGCAAAAGUCAGCAAAGAAAUUGUCAGAAGGGAAUGUACUCGUCUCUCUUCAUGACAGCGUUUACGGCUAACUCGGACCGGACUCUGUCUCUCUGCUGGGAGCAGCACUGUAAGUUACUGCCUGGCGUCGCAGGACUUCAUGCAGGUCAGGUAUCUUCCUGGACUAUAGAAGAGGUCUUUGGAUUCGUCAGUAGUCUUAUUGGUUGUGAGGAGCAGGCCCAAAUUUUCAAAGAUGAAAUGAUUGAUGGAGAGGCGUUCCUCCUCCUGACUCAAAAUGAUAUUGUGAAGAUCAUGAAUAUAAAGUUAGGACCAGCGCUGAAGAUUCACAACGCCAUUUUAGUGUUCAAGAGCACAGAUGAAGGCUUGAAGUGACCCGUUCAUCCUCAUGCCACACCGUCCAUUCAGAACCCGCCAUCUAUCUGUCACACGUUUGGUGUUUACUGUCUGAACCCACCAGAGAGAGAGAAGUCCAGGACGAGCCGUAAGUGACAGAGCAGCCCAGCUUUGACGCUGCUUUAUAUCAGAAGCGAAACGACACGUUCUGAUCAAGAAUAACUCGAUCUGAAAGCACUGUUCAGGGUUUUUCAGAUAGUGUUUUUGUAUCUGGAGGGCUAACUGAAAUCUACAUUAGAGCUCAGUAUGCAGUGGUGAAAUCAGUGCGCAGAAAUAUCAGGGCAGAUUUCAGUUGAUUGGUGCUAGCUACAGUACUGUGCUCUUUAUUCGGUCCCUGGUGAGGUUUAUGCACUUUACAUGUCCUUUAGACAGUCAGCCUUCUGAGCCAACUCUGACCAUUGCUUGGGGACCUUUAACAAUAUUUGCCCUCAAACAAAGUGCUGACAAUGUGGUGUUGAAUGAGAUUAAAGUUUAAAUGAGCUAUUUUACCGAGAUCCUAUGUGAUCUAUGUUUCCUCUCUCUGAUGGGAAAAUUUUAAUACCGGUGUCGUUCAGUUCAUCAACAUGAAUAAAUGUUUAUUAAUUCAA